AUGACAGAAAGCACAGAAAUAAUUGCAAACAAAUUAUUUCGUAAAGGAAAGGAAUUGUUAGAAGAUCCACAUGGCACUGAGUUAAACGGAAAUAUAAAAUUUAUUCAUAAAUUUGUUUAUAUGCCUAACCAGACAGCGACGGUGCAGCUUAAAGAUGGACCUUUGAUCAGGGUAAAAGGAUGUUUACCUGCAUUGGGUUACAGUUUUGCGGGUGGAACCACUGAUGGACCAGGUGUAUAUCCUUUUAAGCAAGGAACAAAAGACGAUGAUCCACUAUGGACUUUUAUAAGAAAUAAAAUUGCUGCACCCACGCAAGAAGACAAAGAUUGUCAUUAUCCCAAACCAAUUUUGCUAAUGACUGGAAGGAUGGUCUGGCCGUACGAAUGGCAUCCAUCAGUUGUUUCCACUCAAAUGUUUAAAAUCGGUCAACUCUUCUUAGCAGGAGUACCUGGAGAAUUCACGACAAUGUCAGGAAGACGUUUACGAGAAGCAAUUUACCAAGAGGCAAUUCAGAAUGGAGGGGACAAAAACACUAAGGUUGUAAUUGCGGGUUUAAGCAAUUUCUAUACACAUUAUGUAACUACUCAUGAAGAAUAUCAGCUUCAAAGAUAUGAGGGGGCUUCCACAUUGUAUGGACCAAAUACUCUAGCAAUUUAUACUAAUAUUUUUAGAAAAUUGACAGCAGCAAUUUUAAGGGGGGAAACAGUAAACGACGAAGGAAUACCUUAUAAGUUUCCAAAUACUCUUUUUUCGUUACUGCCUCCAGUUGUGAUGGACAAUCGUGGAACUGGUCACUUUGGUGAUUGUAUUGUUCAACCGAAACCUUUAUAUCACAUCGGAGAUACGGUGUCGACUGUUUUUAUAUCUGGUAAUCCAAGAAACAAUAAUUUGCAAGAAGAUACGUUUCUAACUGUCGAGAAAAAAGACAAUAAUUCUUGGAGUAUCAUAGCAACGGAUGCCAAUUGGGAGACUAAGUUUAUCUGGAAGAGAGUUUCAUUUUUUGGCGAAAGUCGUGCUACAAUUAAGUGGAAAAUAAAUAAUAAUAUAGAACCAGGAACUUACAGAAUUACUCACCAUGGAUACUAUAAAGGGAUUGUUAUAUCAGGAAUGGUACGCUAUAAAGCUAUACGACCAUAUUUUGGGAGUUCCCAUAGUUUUAACGUAACAAAAUAA